GCUGAUAAUCAAGGUUGGAGAACAGUCGACACAUCAUUCAUAACACAGGAAAUAUACAUCAGAUAAAAGUCUGUCAAACUGCAAUGCAAUUAAUGAAAAUAAACGAAACUGAUAAGUCUCACUAUCUAACAAAUAAUAUUUAUUAUGAGCAAAAUUUCCUCUGAUAGCAGUUUAAACAGACUUUUCAAAGAGAAUGAAGAACUUAAACGUUCAACUCACACUGGACGGAUGAACUCCUGGACUGGACUGGAUGGAUUGAAAAUUUCCAAAUUCGAAAGGCCGCAAGCAGCAAGAGACAAUGUGGACUUCACCACGAUUCUUCCCGUUGAGAUAACCGAAGCUAUAUUCAAACACCUAACAGUUCGCGACUUGCGUUCAUGUUCGACCGUGAACGCGCUCUGGCACGAACUAAGCAACAGUCUGCUGUUAUGGCGAACGAUCGCCGAGGAAGCGCAAGAGCGACGAACGUGCUUUCGCCGACCGCUCGACAAACACCAGCUCAGCAACCUUGAAAGCAACUUCAACUUCGGACCAAGUCGGUUCCAAGCCCCGCCCAGCAGCCCGCGACUUUCCCAAAUGAACGACUGGAAAAAGUUGCACUGUCAGCAAAACUUCGUGCUGUAUAAUUGGGAACGUGGUAAGAUGGCCGCUCAUUUCAUCACUUUGCCGGCGCUUCGCCACGAUCCCCACUCACUCAUCAACCACUCCACUCUCCGCGUCACCUUCCCCUCCAAACUGCCUCAGGACCGUCUCUACAUGCCCGUCCAAAACCGCCAGGUCUCCGUCAGUCCUCUCUACAUCCUACGACUGGACGGAAAACCUAAAAUCGCCUGCCAACUAAGUGUAAACCUGGUGAACAUCGCGUGUGUCUACAGGGAUUGUUUGGUGUUUGUGCACAAUCGCAAAGUGGAGACCGCGGAGUUGGGGAAAACUAACAAAAUUAGAACAAUCGGAGAGUUGUUCACUGAGUACGAUUACAACAACAACGCGGAGGUGGAGAAAGGAGGUAACUACAGUCUCACUAUGGACAACGAUGUGAUUGUGGCCGGCUUUCGCUACAUCUGCAUCAAAGUGUGGAGUCGGUCCACACACGAGCUCAAGAGAACGUUCGAAAUACAUUUGAAAGGCCAGUACUUCAGCUUCUGCCACUAUUACGACAGUACGUUGUACUGGAGCACAUGGGGCUCGGGUCUGCCUAGUGAGGAGCUGAGGAUCUGGGACAUGCGCGAGGAUAAGGUGAAGAAGAUUCCGAUGACAAAAGAGGUGAAGAAGGUGUGCAGCAACGAGAAAUACUUUCUGUUUGUGACGAAGCUGAAUGUGAACAGAAACAUGAUUGAGGUGAGAGAGAGGGACAACUACAGUCUGACAUUUAUGUCGGUAGAACAAGACACCAGCGAGAACUGGGGAAUAGAUGUGCCGGUUGUCUGCCUCUGCGGCGAGCAUGUCGUCUUCCUCGAAUCAAUCAGAGUCAAAGUGAUGUCGUUACAUUUGAAGACAGUGUUCGAGGUGUUCACGGCGCCGUCAGUCAUUGAAAUUGAACAAAUCAUCGGCACUCUGAUUAUGGUUCGUUCGAGGAGUUGUGUUGAGGUGUGGGAUUGGAAGUUGGGUGUUCGUAGGUUCACACCCAUGCUCGAAUGUUCCACCGAUCAUCGAGUAUAUUGUGAUGAUACCAGAGUGGUGGUAGUAGAUCCUAAGAGUGAAGUCAAGGUCAUGGGAUUCUGGUAAAACCAACCAUUUACUACAAGGUAUAUCAUAUAUAAUGAUACGAGAAGUACACCCCACAGGAUCAAGACAUUAGAUUCUGAUGAAAUGCUAGUUUUAAGAUGUAUUGUGACGACACGAGAAUGUUGAUAGUAGACCCUAUCAAAGAGAUCAAACUUGUAAAAUUGGUGUGUUAAGUUGAGCUUCACAACGCUACAGCUUCAAUUUAGUCGCAACACCACGAGAAACUCUCUGGAUUGCGGGUUAUCCACGGACAUUCUCGUGGUGUGCCAACUAUAGAAGUGGUUUUGAUAAAAAUUAGAGCUAGAAAUUUUAAAUAUUCUAAUUUAGGUUUUGGAGCUUUUGAUGGUUAUAAAGUCAACCAUCUCAGAUUUUAUAAAUUUUAUUAUUAUAUUAUAAAUUUGAUUAAAUGACCAGAUUGUGGUGAUUUUUGAGGUUUAUUAUAAAUCAUCAGACAAAAAAAACUAUUCUCUAGAAAUAAUAACAAUACUGUGAAUUUGCUGGUUUCGAAUCACUGUCUGUAUGUUAUAAAUUUAUUUAAAAAUACUUUGUAUGCCAUUUAAAUGAUCAAUUUCAAUUAACAUUACUAUGUAAAAUUGUGUUUAAUUGGAAGUAGAUUAGAUAAAAUUAAAAAUUGAGCUUUAAAGUAGUAGUUGGGAGAAUAUUAUUCUUGAUCAAUGUUUUUCUACUCUUUCAUAUUUCAAUUUAUCAAUGGGCUUAUUUAUGGAAAUUAUCGUUGGUCAUUAUCAUACUGAAUACAUGACAUUGAAGUUUUUCUGUCUCAUGCAGCAUGUUGGAACGAAAGCUAUUAAAUAGGCCUAGAUAUCAUUGGAUAAUAUAAACAAUUUUUUCUUUGUGAACAGAUUCUCAAUCUCAAAAUUUCAAAAGUAAACCUCAUUCCAUUUGCCGACAUUUUUUCUAAUUUUGCUUCGUUAUUAGUAUUUGUAUAAAAUUUGUAUAAAAUGUCAAUCAUUCAUUUCAUUGAAUUGAAAUUAUCCUCUGUUUUGCCUUUUGAGACAAACAAUACUAACUGAAAAUUUUAUUCCACAAAGCAAAUUGACAAAAUCUCAUUUUCAACAAGUUUUUCAUUUUUACAUUUUUCCUCUCAUGUACAGCAAUUCCGUUUGGUCUAUAAGAAUUUUUAGGUAGUGUGAUGUAUGUGGAAUUAUAUCUAUUGAAAUAUUAUUUAUUACAAUCAUACCAUUUUUAUAAUAUAUCAUGUGAUUUGACUAACGAUAAUGUUCGUUCUAUUAUAUGUUGUCCUAUCUGAAUUCAGAGCUUUAAAUCUUUUGGAAUUUGUUCAAUUCUCGUCAAUUAUAUUAACGCAACAUCUUCAAGCUUGAACGCUAUUUUAUGCUUGCAAUGCAUAUUUUACCUAUUUGUUAGUUAGUGUUUUUAAAAAUAUAAGUUUAUUAAACUUCAACAUGAAUUACUUGACAGAUUUAUUCAAAAUACUGUACUAUUCACUAAUAUUGUGCUCUAACUUGAGAUGAACCGUUAAAAUACUAUAAUCUCAAAUCAAUUUCUUAGUUAAAACAUAUCUUUUAUUUUUCAUGGUAAUUUACCAUUUAUACUUUGACUAGAGAUACAAAUCAAAUUUAUUUUAUCAAGUUAAAAACAAUACAAUGUAUGAAUUGUAAAUAAGAGAUAAGUAAAAAAUAUACAAUAAGAUUCCAAUCAACACAUAGAUUCUUGAAUUGAAGAUAAAACAUUUGACUAUGCCAGCAAACCUAGGUUUGUUCGCUGGAUCGUAUGCCAGCUGUGGAAUUUCUCUGUAACGUGAAAUAAUUACGUGGAACUGACAAUAUCGCUUUUAUUUCAACUUAAUUUACAAUUUUAUCACACUUCACCAAUACACUGUUAUCAACACAUUAGCCUCUCAUCUGUGAUAAUAGUGAUUUUAUAAUAAAUUUAAGGAGUAAAUAUAUAAUAAUUAUUAUAUUAAUGCAUAUUUUUUAUAAAUAAUAUACAGUAAAUUUCAAAUAUACAGUAAUAAGAAUGAAUAAAUGAUCUUAUUUGAUAAUGUGUUGAAUGUUUAUUACUCUUAACAAGAUAACCAAAGAGGAGGAUUUUGUUGAAACUUGUAACAGUGUAUUGGAGAAUAGUGGAUCACAAUAAUAAUUAUUAAUGAUUUAUAGUUAAUAUUAUGGUGGUAUAUCAUUUAUGUUGGGACUACUGUUUGUUAACCAUUUAAUUUCAAAAAUUUAUAUAUUUCUUUAAAGGAAAAUUACUUUGUUUUAACAAUGUAUCAAAUAAACAUUAAUUUGACUAAUAUCAAAUAAAUAAUUAUUAAC